AUGCGUCGAACCCUGCAAACAACCCUCAUAAGUCUGAAAUGGUUGGUGGAAAGUGGUGUGCCGGUUGCCGUAGAUCCCAUGUGGCAAGAAAACUCCAAUGAGAAAUGCGACACGGGACUUCCAAUCUACAAAACAGCCUCUCUCUUUCCCAGUCUAGACUUUUCAUGCGUCGACCCAGCAUAUUCGGAUAAAUCCGUCGGAUCACCCUACGCAUUCAGUGCGCUUGCGAAUAAAGCUCGUGGGGAGGCUUGUUUGAAAGCACUUUAUGAACGGCCCGAAAAAGUCAUUAUCGUAGUGAGCCAUGCCGGGUUUUUAAGAACGGCGAUAACGAAGAGGAAAUUUGGGAAUGCAGAUUAUAGAAUCUUUACGUUUGGGAGAGGGAAGAGGGGGUAUUUGGAACUUUUCGAGGAUGAAGCUACAGAGGGGAAAGGUGGGCGGGGGAGGAGUCGGAGAGGGAUCUGGAAGGUUAAAGAGGGCGAUUUUCCGUUGGAAAGUAUUGGAGAGGAGUCUGAUGGUGAGUGGUUUGGAGUGAGUUGA